UUUCACUCUGGAGCAGCAGGUUGCUUUUAUCCUCUCAGCUCUGGACAUGAUAGACAUUUUUGCCUCCUUGGCUGGCGUUUCCUGGGAGCUGUUUGCGUUCACUGACCGGAGAGGAGCAGGAGUCCAGGAGAGGAGAGAGGAGGACAUACAUGUGGGUGAAUGUGAGCCGAGGCAGCAGGUGAAGCGCGAAGAGGCGCGACCAGACACCCCCAACUCAUACCGGGUCAGGUCUCACAUGUCCAGGGCAGAGGGACGCUUCUCACUUUCACUUCAUGGCUCAGUGUUCCUCUCUUCCCGUCGUCCCCUUCGCUCUCCUGAUCUUUGGACUUGUUGCCAUCCUGCUCCUCACGGUUCCCACCGAGGACGUCCGGGAGGCGCCGGGGUUCACGGUAAGGUCCGCUCCUCCGGGAUGGUAGGGUGUGUGUAUCCGUGUGAAGCUGUUGGCAUGGCGUGAAACCAGGAGAAGGAAAAAAACAAUUCAGCAGCUUUUUCUAAGUCCGUGAGGUUGUAUGGAAGCCAAAUACCGCCGAAAAGAAUAUGGGAUUGUCCUGGAUGCUGGAUCUUCACACACAGAUUUGUAUAUUUAUAAGUGGCCUGCAGACAAACAAAAUGGCACAGGUGUGGUCACCCAGCACAGCGAGUGCCACGUAAAAGGUGGAGGAAUUUCCAGCUAUGUGGGCCAAAAGGGGGCCGCGGGGAGAAGUUUGGACGCAUGUCUGGACCAGGCUGUGAGGGAUAUUCCUAAAGAAAGGCACCUGAACACACCUGUGUACCUGGGAGCCACGGCCGGCAUGAGGAUUUUACAGAUUUCCGACCCUCAGCAAUCAGAUCAGAUUCUUGAGGAAGUGGGCCAGAAAAUCCAGUCGUACCCGUUUAACUACCAGGGAGCCGCCAUAUUGAGCGGACAGGAAGAAGGAGCGUACGGUUGGGUCACCGUCAACUAUGUGUUGGAGAACUUCAUCAAGUACAGUUUCAUGGGACGCUGGCUCAGUCCCGGCAGGCCCACGGUGGGAGCGCUGGACUUUGGCGGAGCGUCCACCCAGAUCACAUUUGCCACCCAGCAGCUGGUGGAGGACGGACAGAGCACGAAAAAGCUGCGUCUUUAUGGCCAGGACUACUCUCUGUACACCCACAGCUUCCUGUGCUACGGCAAGGACCAGUUUCUCAAGGCGCUGUUGGCUCAUGUUGUGAAGUCUCAGCUCUACUCUCAGGCCGUCACUCAUCCCUGCUAUCCAGCAGACUACAGCAAGACGUUGAAAAUGGGCAAAUUGUUCAACUCGCCAUGCGUACUGCAGCAUAAACCCGUCCCCUUUAACCCUGAGGUUAUUUUAACGGUACGAGGUGGCGGGAACUACGAGUACUGUGUGGGAAACGUGUCGGGGAUCUUCUCCUUCGGCAGCUGCGCCCACUCUCGGUGCUCGUUCAACGGCGUUUUCCAGCCAGAAAUCACCGGACGCUUCAUGGCGUUUUCUGCGUUUUUCUACAUUCACACCUUCCUGCAGCAAAUCACCGGGAUCACCGUGAACUCUCCUCAACAGCUGGAGGACGCAGCCAAAACUGUCUGCAGCAAGACGUUCAGCCAAAUGAUGCUUCUGGCUCCAAAAGAAGAGUCUCGUAUUCAGGACUACUGCGCCUCCUCUGUCUUUAUGCGGACUCUUAUUUUAAAAGGAUACGGCUUCGAUAACUCGUCCUUCCCGCUCAUUUCCUUCCAAAAGAAGGCUGGAGACACGUCGGUGGGUUGGGCUCUGGGUUACAUGCUGAGUUUGAGCAACUUGCUGCCUGCUGAAAGUGUUGCUGUGAGAAAAGCUCUGACCCUUGGAGCAUGGGGAACGCUCGUCUUCCUCACUGUAGUGCUCCUCGUGGUCAUCCUAGCCUUCCUGUUGCUUCGAAGUCGAUGUGGCACAACGAAAAGGCGUGACGAAAGCGCCAUUUAGAAACGACAACGCCGCUGGACUGCUUCGCUUCACUGCUGUAACCCUAACCCGUUUAUUUUAAAUUAUUCCAGCUCAACAGCUGAAUUUACCUUUUAGAGCUUUUGAGAUUUUCAGUUUUAUUGUAACACAUUAGCUCUUUCCAGUCCAUGAACGUUUGUCCAAAAUGUUAAAAUUAAUUAGAUUUUUACUGACCUUUAUACAAGGAUGUCUGGAAAGAUAACAAGAAUUUGUCUGUGAUUUAAUUCAUGUAGAGAUGAGAAGCCUCUAAUCAAAUAGGAUAGAAAUGAAAUUAACUCCAAAUGCUGUUUUUUUAGCCCACAGUGCUGACAGACAGAGCAAACAACAACAUAACCCACUCACCCGGGGUGCUGUCUUCAAUAUAAAUCACACCAUGAAAGAAAUAUUUAAUUUUUUGGUCUUAGAUUGUGUAAACUUUUCUGUAUUAGGUUUUAAAAACAUUUUAUAGGUGAUUUCAUCCGUACUUUAGCAUUUAUCUUAAAACAUAAAAAAUUUUAAAUUAAGAUUUUAUAGUGAGCUGGUGCUUUUAUUUUAUAAACACACAGUAAGUCCUUCUAAACUAACUGACACAUUGAAGAGUACAUCUUCACCAACAGAUAUUUUUGGGUUUGUUUGUAUUUUUAUGCAUUCUGGGAGAAAGCAUUUGACUUGAAGCAUAAUAAAAUUGUUUUAAAUUAAAGCCGAUCACAUGUUUGAUGCACAAAGUCUGCAAACGUAACAUUUACCAAAUAUAGGUAAUCACAUGUUGUCUCUGGGACAUAUCUUCUGUUCUUUGUUUAAUAUGAAAUGUGUUUUUCCCCAAAACAGUGUGACAUAAUAUAUAGUAUUGCAUUAAAUUGUAAAUAAAUGUCAUGUUGUAGUGGAUGACUCAACAUAUUAAUGUAUAUUCCAACUCAUUCUGUACAAAAAUAACCCAAAAAGGUCAGAUUUUGUCUUUAAGGUUUUUGCCUUAAUUUUUUUGUGAUGACUCCAAUAGUGAGAUUUGGGAUAAUGUGUGUUAAAUAAAAUAUUCAGGUUUUGACUGUAUGAUGUUUGAAACGUUUUAAAUUAAAUGUGUUUAAAAG